GGCAGGGGUGGACGCUGCUCUGGGGGCUCUCGCUUUGCGCGCACUGCGAAGCGUGCACACUCCUCACCUCAUCUCAUCAUCCGCGUCUCUAAACCUCCCCACACCGGGAAUCUCUCCCGCUCUCUCUCUCUUUCUCGUUCACAGAAGCUAUUUUAACUUUGCGAAGACGACAGAAUUUCAGUGGCCAAAUGGCUUAUUGAAGAAAGCGACCUUCAAAUUUAUAGAGGAGAGAAAUUACGAUACUGUGGCGGGCGGCAGUAGGUUUCUUUCUUUUUUUCCCUUUUUUCUCGAGCGAAAUGAUUGGCCAUUUCUUCAAAUGAGAAAGUCUGAGAAAUGUCUUUUUCUGUGGGCGACACCAUCAGCAUCCGAGCCAUAAUGUACAGGCGAAAACAAGCCAGUCUUUGCGUCCUUCAAACAAUAUCUGGAUUGACGAGAACUCAGAGGUCUCAGAGUGCUUAAUGCCAUUAACUCCUUCACUGACAUAAACCAGUCACCGAGGAGCCUCUUUCACAUCACUCUUUCAUCUCCCUGCUGUCACAGAGAAGCUCCUUCCACUUUUUUACCCCUGCUGAUUAUGGAGAAUCUCAGUGAACUCCAAAAUCCAUUGCUGGACAAAAACAGUAAACACAUGAUCAAUGGUUAUGGAGGAGAAUUCCCCAACAAUCAUUACCAGGAAAACAUUAUAAACUACUUUGCUGGAGGAGGAGGUGGAGGUGGAGGAGGUGAGGGUGGAGGAGGAGGAAAAGUGAGUAAUGGCAAUGCAGUGAGCGGAAGUUACAAUACCAAUGGGAAGGUGAAAUCCCAGCAGUUUUUGGAUGCCACCUCGCUACAUCUGGCAGUAGAAGCUUUCUACAGACCCAAUUUCAUCCUAUACAAGGAGGACAGUGGCAGCAUUAAGGCUAAGGAAUACAGAAAUGAGUGCUGUGAGACCACCUUCACUGAGAAAAAGGCAAAGGAGGUGUCCAACACAACCGGGGCAGACACGCCCAGCACGGAAGAUCCUCAGACUAAGCUGCUGGAGGAUGGCGAACAUAUCAAGAUCCAAACGGUUUCCUAUGAGGUGGAGGAGGAGGAGUAUGUGGAGUAUGAGACAGACUGUUCUACCGACAGCGAGAGUGAAGACAACUUCAUUGUUGUCCCUCCACGAGAUCAUCUCGGCCUGGCCAUAUUCUCCAUGCUCUGCUGUUUCUGGCCUUUGGGGAUUGCAGCAUUUUACUUCUCACAAGGGACCACUAAGGCAGUGAACAAAGGUGACUUCCCGCUGGCCAACAUUGCCUCCCGAAGGGCUUUGUUCUUAGCUGCCCUCUCCAUCACUAUAGGCACCGGUGUGUAUGUAGGGGUAGUGGUAGCGCUCAUUGCCUACCUCUCUAAACCAGGGCACAUAUAGCAGUCACACCUUCUUUCCAAACACCUCCAGGGAGCCCAGGAAGAGAACACCGUCCUCUGGGGAAUGUCACUGCGCCUGCAGACUUUGAGGAAAGUUUUUCCAGGAUGUACAAUUUUUCCCCCCCCUCCACCUUCCUUUUGUUCCAGACUUCUCUCCCUGCAGGCCCUCUGUCAGCCAAGAUUUGCCACAGUGACUGGAGAGAGGUCAAGCAAGAGGGCAAGAAGAGGGAGGACUGCUGAGACAGAGGGUUUGAGUAAAGGAAGCAUUCCAUGUUGGAGCCCAGUUUGCAUCGCAAUGGCUUAAAUCCAUGUCGGCUUCAUCCUCUCCUGACGGAUUGUUAGGUUCCACAUGCCCUAAAGAAACUUUGAAGAGAGAAGCUCAGACAGUAACCUAUUGAACUUAACCAAUUAUUAACAAGCAGAGGUUUGGGAAGGUUCAGAUCAACACAGUGUAACUUAUUCACCUAAACCAAUACUAUACUGUUGUUGUUUGAGCUGCUGUUAAAAUUGGAGCUGCCCUGUGGAGUCUUGCCCUGUAUCAUCUCAGUUUGCCACCUAGGAUUGUCUUUAAUAUACUAUAAUCUGCCAACAUCAGCUCAAAAAUGUAUUUGUCUCUGGGCUGACUGCCUCACACCGCAAGAUUUUAAAAAAAAAAAGACGUGAGAACAUUUACAGUUUCUUAAACCAUGACAAAGGAGGACUUA